CAUCAAAAGUGAGAGACUGAGAAAAAACUGUCAAAUGAUAAAAAAAUAAUGAAACAGGGGGACGUCUGGCAUCCGGGAGAGGUUGGUAUUCUUCCUUGUGGUCAGUUACGAGCUGUCCACCAAGAGAAUAAGACGGCGGAGCAGUUCAUUGUCUGGCAUGACACCUGGUCGGCCAGUUGGCAAUCUGCGGGACGGAGUGGAGCAGUUUGUGUGUCGGCGGCCAGUAGCCGCCACGGCUUCCACCCGGCCACUGUGUGUAAGGCCCUGCCGUCCUCAGCCUAGUCUCCAACCACCCUCUCUCCACAUUUUCAGUUAUACUCGUUUCCUGGUUCUUCAGAUAUUGCCCGCAUGACACCCGCCGUGCUCGCUUGCCCUUGUAAUGAAAGCACGUUACAGUUAUCAAAAUAACAAAUAUAUAAAGCUGAUUAGGGUGAAAAUUAAUGUUCUGCAGAUAUCUAAAAGCGUAGUACAAUGUAUAAAAAUGUUACAGCACAUUUAUCGAUGACAGCGCGUGAAAAUAUAUCAUUUUCAGAUGGAAAAUAAUUAUCCAAAGUCGCUGUAAAAGUUUACCCAGUGUUAAAUCUAGUUGGAGAAGACUGCAUAACUUCGGGUAGACUAUUGUGUGCGUGCAUGUCUUACUACACUACACCUUCAUGCUACUAUUGAUCACACAGGCGUCGGAAGCAUUAGCACGAGAUGUGUGAGCUGAACCAUCGGGCAGCUGCCUCUGGGGACCUGCCACUAAGUUAAGGAGUCCAGCCGCUCGUUGGUACCCGUGGAGGUGAUAGUCAAGGCUACCACGACAAUUCAGUCGUGUUCUUAACACCAACGUGAAGCAGAUGUGUCAUAUUUGAAGCAAGUGGACGCAUUAGAUAUAUCGAGUAGAAAUUGCACUGUACAUUGAGUGAAUAGUCGCAAAGUUCGUUCUUCCGGAAUUAGCACAGGUAACAUUUUAAAAGAACAAUUGAAAGAUGACCUGACAGGCAGUUUGGGGUCAACGCUCCUCUGCUGCUGAUGUAUAUACAGCCACUCAAAAUCUUGGGCUGUGUAAAAUACAAGCAUGUGUCGAGAAACAUAAUUCAAUUCGUAUAUUUACGAAACGCAAAACCAUAUGAAUAUGAUUCAUUCACACGCAAUAACAAUUCCUCGGUAAUUAAUAUGUACACGAUAAAAAGUUCAGACGAGUUUAUUCUAUUUUUUCAACUGCCGUCAUAAUAGUCAAUAUACAUGUGUAAUUAAAAUCGAGGCAGCGUACCUGCAGUUUAAAAAGGAUGCUGAGAGUUGAGCGAGUGGGUGCAGGGUGGGACUGGGUAGGCAGCAGGCGGUGUCAGUGACCCUCACGCGUCACCAGAGCGGCUGCCUUCGCCUGCCUUCGCCUGCCUUCGCCUGCCUUCACUCAUGACUAGGUAACACUGGUCCACGAGGGACGCUCUCUCCUCGUCUCUUCAAUGCUCCAGCAAACGAAGGCAAGACAGAAUCAGUCUGCCGCCAGGCUUCGGAAAUAUGAGAACGACAAGGCUCUCGCCCUGAACGUGAGCGGCGGCCGGGUGUUCAAGACAUGGGAGCGUCAGCGGCCGCGUCCUCCCCUCCACCUGUACGCCAGCAACAAGCUCAACACCGCAGGCAGCUGCGGCAGCAGCGGUAGCAGCAGCGGCGGUGGCAAGUCGGCCUACCAGCAGGGUCCAGUGACCGCGCCCCACCAUGACCUGCAGAUGACCCCCCUCACCGUGCCCCUGCUACCUCACGUGCCCCCGAGACCCAUCCUCACCCAGCGCACGCCCCCGCCUCUCAGGUCGUCAAGAGUGUACUCCGGGCGACGACCCUCCCCGGGUCGUCCGUACGCCCACGCCCACGGUCAGGCUCAGAUCGCCGCCCAGAUACAGCUGCUCAGACCCAACAACACGCCCGUAUCUGUUGAAAAGGUUGACCUCGACAGGCGUGGUCUGACCUCGUGGCCGGUGGUGGGAAGUGGAGAGGAGCCGGUGCGUCUCUUGUCUCUCCAGCACAACCUGCUCACCCGCGUCGACCCGCCCUCGCCCUCGCCCUCCCUCCUCCUCCUCGACCUCUACCACAACCACCUCCACAACCUGCACGGACUCCACGCCUUCCCCAACCUCAGGGUCCUCAUGCUCGCCAAGAACCGGUUGUCUCGACUGGACGGUCUGGAGCAGCUGAGCAGGUUGGAAGUGCUGGACCUGCACGGCAACCAGCUCCACCACCUCCAGGGCCUGGCGCACCUCAAGGAGCUGCGGCUGCUGAACCUGGCCGGCAACAUGCUACGGCACGUGACCGGCCUCCGGGGCCUCGACUGCUUGGUGGAGCUCAACCUCCGCAGGAACCUGAUCCGCACCGUCGCCGACCUCCACUACCUGCCGCGCCUCGAGAAGGUCUUCAUGGGCUACAACGAAAUAUACAGAUACGAGGACAUCGCCUGCCUGCAGAACUGCCUGAAGCUGAGGGAGUUGUCGCUGGAGGAGAACCCCGUCAGCCGCCAGCCUCACUACUUCCACCACGCUGUCACCAGGUUCUACCGCCUCAAGAGGCUGGAUGACCAGGAGCUGACCAUGGAGACUCGGAGACAGUCUGAGAAGCAGCUGCAGAAGGCGAGAGAUAAGGAGCGUGCCCAGGCGACGCGCAUCAGUGACGAGGAGAAGCGUAACUCUGCUAUCACCAACGCCAUGAAGCACUGGCAGGUGGUGAAGAAGGACCACAAGAAGCUCAUCAGGAAGCCCAGCGAGAGCUCCACCAGUACCCUGGAUCAGCCUCCCUCUAAGGACAGCGAUGCUACCGAACUGUCUAGUGGGUUUUGUGGUGACACCGUGUCUGAUGCUGGGGAGCUGGAGGUGACGGUGACCGACGAGAACGGUGAAGAAGGGAAGGUUGACGAAGAGGAGGCAGCACCCGGGCAGCAGGAAGACGACCGGGCAUCUCUGGUCUCUUCCGUCACAUCCAGUGGUAUCUCUGACAUCAGUUUAGUUCACAAAGGUACUGAUCAAAGACUCAGUGCCACCGAUGUCCUUCCCGCGCAAGAGAAUGUUACAGUGAAUGCCGUCAAUAACUCGAUACAGGCAAUAAAACAAUUCAAAAUGAAUAGUCCGAGAAAUGUAGAUAAUAAAAAUAAUUUUCCUCGUAGUAAAUCGUACACGGAUAUGAGAAUAUUAAGGAGAAAAAAUUCUUUUGAGGGUGAUCGUACUUUGAGACCGAAAUCGGUUCGUGAUUCGAACAGUGAAGGUUUGGGAGGGUCGGGAAAGGUGAGUGAGAAGAUCAGUUUGGACACAGCCUCGCGGGCCACGAUACCUGUCAAGAACGUGCCUGUAGUCCGUCGAGGAGGAACCAGACAGGGAAGUGCUCAAAACCGUGCGGUAGACAAGUCCAGGCCUCGAAUUAUAGCCAACGAGAAUGUGAAAUCCGCAAAUGCCAAAAAUUUAGAUUUUUUAAAGAAAACGGAACAGUUAAAAGAGGCAGGCCGUCUCCCCGACAAAAUAGUGACUGCCGCUAUCACACGAGUCAGAUCGAACCUUAGUCUUCCUAUUCAGGGUCCGGAACCACCAGUCUCUCCCAGAAAUGCCGUGUCUGAGCCAUCUGAAGUAGACUCGAGCUCCGACGCAGAGUCUGCCAACACUUCCACCACCACCAAUACAACCGCCACACUCACCGGGUCUGCGGAGAUCAACUCGCAGUCCGCACCUGCCACCACUCACCACAACCUGGCUGACCUUAGGGUUCCCCUCUCCAGACCAAAAGACCCGGAACGUCCUGCUUGUGAGAAAGGAGACAAGCCAGUUCCAUCAAUAAACCAGAAUACCUCAGGAAUACUUCGUGAACAGGGACCAAACUUUCUAGCCGAGCUAGAGGGCGAGCGGUUAAGUCUGUACGGGCAGGGAGCCCUCCGCUGCACCGACAUCUCUUGGGACAAGUCAGUGGCCGCGGCAGCCACGACGGCGCGCUUCCAGUAUAUGAAUUUUGAAGAUAUAGUCGAUAUCUUUCCCAAGCUACGGGUCAAGUUUCCUCGGUUAGAGAACUUUAUGUUCGUGGAGACUCAUCUAGCCAAGUGUAGUCAGCUUAAUGCUCUAGCCGAGCUCCACCAGGUGACGUCGCUGGAAGUGGGUCGGGAGGGCAACCCACUGACGCAGACGCCCUACUGGAGACUGUAUGCCAUCUUCAGACUCUCCCACUGGGGGCUGAGGGUGAUCAACGGCCUCGAGGUGAGCGAGGAGGAGCGGACGGAGGCGGCCGUCAUGUUCUCUCCCUUGAGCCAGCUGGCCUUCACCUGUCUCCCGCGCGACCAACUGGCAGCCUUCCUCUCGUCCCAUCACCACCACGCCAACGACCAAGGAAUCUCCUCUCCUCGAACUGGGAGCGGAGGACACGACCCCGGGAGCAGCAGGGAGGAGCCGGAGGCCCCACGCCUCAACGUGCCGCACCUUCAGGAGCUCAUUGGCAAGGAGGCGCUCCAGUACCGCCCCGUCGGCCGACUCACGCAGGACGAGAGUUCGUCGCUGGUGUGCGCUGGACGACAGGCGCGACAGCUGGUGGUGUGGACGUACGACUCCCUCCACCGCCUCAACAUCCACCAGUCGACGUGGCCCUCUGUCCUCCACGACCUGGUGCGCGACGCCGUCACCGACCUCGCCAAGCCCACCUACGGCAAGCAGUGCCUCGAGGAUGUCAAGCGCAGUCUCGGCUGGAAAAAAUGAAAAAAGCAUUUAACCAUAUAACUUGAAAUAAACAAAAAAAUAUUAUUUUUUAAAUCGAUGAAAUUUUUGACAUAUAUUGGCUUAUGUCAACAAGGGAAAGGAAACUAAAUUUGAUUAUCCUGCCUGGCCUCGCUAUGGAUCUUCACAAGUCAUUCAGAGACGACCCAAGAGAAUGCCAGCGCCGCAGCAGGAUUUGGUGUACUUAUGUCUGGGAAAGGAAGAUUGUCGACGGUUAAGGGCGAGGAUGUCCGCUUAUGUGGUCGUUCACACAUUUGCUGUCGUAAUCCUGGCUGACUGAUGGAAGCACACACUGUCGUGUACUGUCAGUGGCUAACACUGCCAUCUCAGUACUGGCGACAACCCACGUUGGUUCUUUGAAUAGUUUAAUGAAUAUGAAUGGCAGCAUGCAGUGGCACUCUAAAGGGAAACAAGUCGCAUACACAUGAAUUAAUAUUACAUAAAUGCUGAUGUGUUAAACAAUCAACAAUUGUCCUUGCCAGACUAUAACAUGUACGUCAGAUAAUUGUUACAAGAAGCUCGUGUCACUAAGGUGAUCAAGCGUGUAUACACUUGUAUACACACACACACACACACACACACACACACACACACACACACACACACAUUCAUUUCAAACUUCAUGAACAUCACAGCGGAUUACAUAUGAUGCCAACAUUUCUUAAAUGGUGGCACUGGGGUCAACCCUGACUGCUUGUGACGCCUAAUUCCCCCCCCCCCCCCCCCCCCCGCGUGUCACCUUGAAAAGUACGGUGAUGCUGACUAUUUACAUUGCAUUGUAACAUAUAAUAUAAAUAGGUUUAUCCUUGUUCCGGUUAUAAUAACAUAAGAGGUGCCACCUUUUGGGGUUUAUGAAACUAAAUUUGAAAAGUUAAUCAGUCUUUUUUUCCAUAUUUGAUUUUACGCUACUUUUAUACUUUGUCCGAACCCGUACGUUCACUAGGAGACUAUAAUUGUAACCAGUUUGUGGGGGAUCUCCCUAAGGGUAUCGUUUAUGGUUAGAACUAGGGCGGUAUCUGAUCGCCUUCGAACCUCUAACUUUCGUUCUUGAUUAAUGAAAACAUCCUUGGCAAAUGCUUUCGCAGUAGUUCGUCUAUGGAAAUUCUUUUGGAAUUCAUUCUUUUGCAUUCUUUUGGAAAACCUUUUUUCUUGUCCUCCUUGGAUCUUCUCUAUACUGGUGGGACGCUUCCCGUGCUAUGCAUUUGUAAUAAUCUAUCUUGAUACCAUGUUAACUUAUUUAAAUGGCUUAUCAGUGACGACAUUCGAUCAUGACGGUAAUAAUGUGAGUACUCUUGCUAGCGUUCGUGUUGACCCCACACGCUUACCUCGUGGACAAUUAAUGGUGCAAAAACCCCCGUCUUGUCGGAACUGCAUUGUUUCACUUGGUCGUGCUUUUCCACGAAAAAUGUCCUAUUUUCAGGAUGAUAGAUCUUGCUCUCCUAGUGUCCUUUAGUCAUCUGACCCUCGCACAAUCCUUGGUGAAUCUGAUCAAUUUGGCGUCGUUGGUCUUUCUUGCUCUUAUACUGCUAUCUUAAAUAUUCUGUGACAUACAUUGUUUCGCAGCCAUGCUGGCCCUAGCCCUCGCUUGUGAUAAUUGUGUACUAUGCUUAUAUUAUGAAAUGCUUUACCAUCUAUAGCAUUCUACAUUCCUUUAUUUAUGAAUUAUUUUUAAUCAUGUGUUGAUACAGGUCUAUUCCUGAUAAGUGCUUACCUAUCAGUGAUUACGAGGGAAAGAGGUCUAGCUCUUAUCCCCCCUGCUAGCUUUGUUGCACUAAAUGUCAUUAUUCUGACGUUCGAAAUGUUUGUCAAACCUGACCUUAAAGUUGUGGAUCGGGUGACGUUCUCAACUUAUUCUUUCAGCGCAUUCCACUUAUCUAUUGGAAGAUUCAUGUUUUCGCUAUCAGAAAACCCAAGAAAUGUAUUUCACAUGAUAUAGGCCUAUUACAUUUGUAAUUUAAUAGGACGAAUGAUCAUUGUCCGAAUAAUGUGAUACAUGAAAGUUCUUAUCACUCCUUUUGGUCGAAUUAAACAUACAUGUUUAAAGUUCCUAUGUGUUGGUAAAUCUGUAGUUUCGGUCCUUUUUUAUCAUGAAAAAGGAAUGACACACGACUUGAAAUUACCAUUUUUUCCCAGAUGCAUUAUUUUGACGUCGGAUGUACGUGGCCUCAAUUUAUUAUAAAUCUAGUUUCUUCUCAAAAUAGAGGAAUGGAUUGGAUCAUAUUUCUCUUCCUAUUAGCAAGCCUUAGUAUCAAUAGCCUUUGAUAUUUUCAAAGCACUUCCUAUUAGCAAGCCUUAGUAUCAAUAGCCUUUGAUAUUUUCAAAGCACUUCCUAUUAGCAAGCCUUAGUAUCAAUAGCCUUUGAUAUUUUCAAAGCACUUCCUAUUAGCAAGCCUUAGUAUCAAUAGCUUUUGAUAUUUUCAAAGCAAACCACAGAAUAGCACAAAUCUUGCCUCCAAAUUUCCCAACUUUGGUUUGUACUUUCUCUUUCAUUGUACCUGUUUCCUUCUCUGGUAAGUUUAUUAUUUUCUUGUUUUGUAAAUGGCUCAGCGUCUGUUUCUUUCUCCGUCAACUGUGAAGUUCCACAAGGUCUCGGUCUUUCAUCUGAUCUUAUUAUUAUUUAUCAGCGUCAUAUUGGUAUCCAAUUAUGUAGAUUUCAUAGUUCAUUAUAUUCAAUCUACUUCUCUUAUGUGAGCUCAAUUUGAUUCCUCUGGGACACUUGGAAUUUAGUCAAAAUUCUUUCCAUAAUAAGACAGGUUUAUGAAUUACACUGAAACAAAAACUAGAUGAAUAUCAGUUCUAUUUCGAAAACUCAUUUAUCAAACCAAAAUCUCCAGUCUACAUCAAUAUCUUAGGCAUCAAAUGCAUCCUAUAUCCUGGCAACUUCACAUCUAAGCAGUUGCGAAGAUUGGGAACUUAGUACUGUUAUCUUUAUAACAAAUUAAGUAUUCCAUGCACUAAAAGCAGUGGCUACUAUUACUGGACUGUUCUUCCCAUCGCCCGUAUGCAUUCGGGUUAAACCGUCUAUCGCCCGUUGAAACCGCAUGAAAAUGUAGAACUUACAAAACCUCGAUUUGUUAGAUAUCUAGUUUGGGCGCCACACACACAAAAAAAGACUAAAUGACUGACAAUCCACUCCAAAUGAGCACGGAACAGUUGAUAACAUGAAAUAAACCAAAGCAUCCACUGUUUGUAAUGGGUGGUGAGGCAGUAAUUGCUAUUCUGCGGCUAGCGUUCUGCUGCCCUGGGACUAUUCCCAACCAUGGCUAUGGAGUUGUUAAGCACUCGCACCCAUUUGCACGUGCAAUUAUCUAUGCACAUCAUCCAAGCCUCAAAUGGUCCUGUAGGUCAGUGAUAGUGUGGUGGUCAACAGAAUCAUAUGCAGGCGACGAGUCACAACGUGGCUGAAGUAUGUUGACCAGACCACAAACUAGGUGAAGGGACGACGACGUUUCGGUCCGUCCUGGACCAUUCUCACAAUCGACUUGAGAAUGGUCCAGGACGGACUGAAACGUCGUCGUCGUCCCUUCACCUUCUAGUGUGUGGUCUGGUUAACAAAAUCAUAGUCUUGGUGAGGUGUACACCAAGGUAACCCCUGGUUAAGUGGGGGGCGGUAAUACUUUGAUAUUUAUUGAAUUGUCAUUAAUGAUUUGUAAGCAUGUUUUAGAAAAGUACAGUGUGUUUGAGGUCUACCUUCCUCAGAUAGCGGAAAUCUGAUUGCUGGUCAAUCUGAUUCAAAUAUGUUAAAAUGUAGCAAGUCAGAUAAUAGCAAUAUAUUUGUAAGAGUAAACGAAUAAUAAUGUGAACUGGAAAUGUAUUUUUUGUUUAUAACUUUAAGCCUCAGAUAUACAGAUCCUACCA